AGAGAGAGCGAGAGAGAAGUAACGAAAGCUUAUCCAUCUCCUUCUCUCCCCUCAAGCUUCCCAAGCUCUCUCACAUGGCCGCUCAGGUCCACUCCCUCUGCAACUCCACUCUCCUUCUCUCGUCACCCCGACCACUCCAUCACCCUAACCGCAGCCUCCGUCUCCUCACCGUCAAAUGCACUUCCGACUCCGCCCCGCCGGACUUCCCUUCCCCUUCCCCGACCUCCGAAGCCACCAUCCCCCCGGACAAGUUCCCCAUCGAGAGGCGACGCCGCUCCGAAAUCAUCCGCGACCGCCGGUUCCGGCCUUCCCUGGCCCCGCCGGAGCCGCCGAACAUGGAGAUCGGGUGGAGGCGGACGAAGGAGAUCGACACGUCGAAGCCGAAGGGCUACGUGAUCGCGGACUUCUUGGAGAAGCUGGAGGGGCUGAUGGGGAGGGAGUUCGGGUCGGCGGACCUGCUGGCGAAGGCGGGGGAGAUGGUGGCGGAGAGGGCGAGGGAGGAGGCGGAGGUGCUGAGGGAGGGAGGGGAGGUGGAGGAGAGGAUGGUGACGGAGCUGUUCAGGGUGCUGAGGCUGAUGGAGAUGGACCUGGCGAUGGUGAGGGCGGCGGUGAAGGAGGAGACGCUGGCGGAGAGGGUGGAGCAGGCGAGGGCCCGGUGUCGGCAAGCCAUCCUCGUCGCCAAUUCCUUUUGACUGUCCGUUUGAAUCCAACGACGAGUAUACGCAUCCAAAGUUUUUGACAGAAGCUGAAUCCAUGGCGGCACUGCGAAUUUCAGACAAU